AUGUCGACGGAUACUACCGGUACCACUGCCAACAACAGCAAAGAGCAUAUCUCCUUGGUUGUUACUGGCCAUGUGGAUGCCGGAAAGUCCACCACGGUCUCCCACCUCAUCUACAAACAGGGAGGCAUUUCGGAAAGGGAAAUGGCAAAGUUACAACAGGAGGCAGCUGAAAAGGGCAAGGCAUCCUUUGGCUUUGCAUACUACAUGGACCAAGGAAAGGAGGAGCGCGAACGUGGAGUCACUAUCCAAUCCAGCACCAAGGACUUUUACACGGACAAGUACCACUACACAAUAGUGGAUGCUCCAGGCCACAAGGACUAUAUCAAGAACAUGAUUACUGGCUCCUCCUCUGCAGAUGUUGGACUCCUCCUUGUGCCAGCAGAGAAGGGUGGAUUUGAGGCUGCCAUUGCCAAGGCUGAUCCCAAGAUGGGUGUAGAAGAAGGGCAAACCCGCCAACAUGCACGGCUCUUGUAUCUCUUGGGUGUGGAGCAGAUCAUUGUAGGUGUCAACAAGAUGGACUCUUGUGGUUGGUCUGAGGAGCGCUUUGAGGAAAUCAAGACUGAGUUUGUCAAAAUGCUCCAGUUGAUUGGUUUCAAGCCAAAGAAGGUGCCAUUCAUUCCAUACUCUGGAUACAACGGUGACAAUCUAGUGUCAAAGAGUGACAAGGCUCCAUGGUACAAGGGCUGGAAGGCCAACUUGAGCCCAAAGGUUACCGUGCAAGGCUACACAAUUCUGGAUGCCCUUGACAAGUUCAUUCAGCCACCCAAGAGAUUGCCCAAUGCUCCACUGCGUCUUCCAAUCUCCAAUAUCUACAACAUCAAGGGAAUUGGUCAGAUCAUUGCAGGAACAGUUGAACAAGGUACUCUGCACCCAGGGGAUGUUGUUGGUAUUGCUCCUGCUGGCCUCAGUGGAAAGAAGGUGUUUUCCAUUGAGCAACACAAGAAGAUCAUGGAUGCUGCUGGUCCAGGCAACUCUGUGGGAAUGUCCAUCAAGGGAAUUGGCAAGGAUGAGAAAGUAUCUCCUGGUGACAUUAUCUAUCUAGAGAAGGAAGGCACCCUCAACCCUGUCAAGUCAUUUACCGCCACAGUUGCUGUGCAGGAGCAUCCUGGCAUCCUCAAGCCUGGCUACACUCCCAUUGUAUUCUCCCGCACUGCCAAGGUGGCUUGCAAGAUGACCAAGAUUCUGUGGAAGCAGUCCAAGAAGACUGGUGGACAAAAGGUUGAGAACCCACAAGAGCUGCAGCAGUUUGAGACUGCAGAGGUUGAGUUUGUCCCCAAUGCACCCUUGUUUUUGGAACCUUUUGACAAGGUUGCAGCUAUGGGCCGCAUUGCUGUGAUGGACAGCAACCGCCUCAAGAUGCUUGGCAAGGUCACCUCUACCACAGAAGCCACCAGCAGAUGA